AGGAUGAAAUGUGAAAUAGCGGGGGAAGACGGAGUGGGGAGGCAAGAUCGGAGUGGAGAUCCGCGAGCGCAGCUGCUCCGGCGCACUGCCUGCCGCUCCGAUGUCGGACUCCGGCGUGCGGCGGAAGUCGCCCGGCGGACGGGCCAAGCGGGGGUUUCGGCAUAACUGGUGCUGCUCAUCGAUGGCCCCCGCUAGCCCGGAUGACCAUUACCACCAUCCGUCCCGCAACCUCCACAGCCACCGGCGGCAACAGAGCCGUCGCCCAAAAUCACCCUCCAGCAGCAGGAAGUCCGGUUCCAAUCCGCCGGAAUCGCCGGUAUCCAGCCGACUGGGCCUGGGGUUCAUCGACCGCCGCCGGAUCCUUUCCCCCGGUAGGGUUUCGCCCAUCGAGUCGGCCUCCACGGGUUUCGAUCUCGAGCAGGAGCAAGGGUCCCCUACUGCUCCACCUGUUCCGCCGCCUCCUCCUCCUCCUCCUCUCCCUUCUCCUUCUCACCCGCCUGCACCUCCUCAGCCGGUGCUUCCGCCUGUGCCAAGCUUGGAUGCCGGGGACGCCUUGGUGCCCCCGACCGCAACCGGCGGGGAGAGCAGCGGAGAUGCGUCUGCGCGAGGUUGCGACGUGAGACUCAGCCUGAGAGGGAAGGGUGGGCAGAGGAUCCUCAUGGAUCUGCAUUCUGAGAUUCUUUGCUCAAGGAGCUCGGUGUUUGCUGCGAAGAUCUCGGAGUCGAGAGCGGCGGCGUCCGGCCCGGACAGUGGGCCGAGGAGGUGCUGGGUUGAGGUCGUUGACGUGAGCGACGUGGAGGCUUACAGGGAAACCAUCGAGCUCAUGUACGAGAGGAACGUUCCUGGGCGGCUAAUGAAGGCUGGUGUCUCGCGAUGCAUCCGCAUGCUUGAGGUGUCAUUCUCCAUCAUGUUUGAGCUGGGUGUGAGGUCAUGCCUUCAAUAUCUUGAAGCCGUCCCAUGGACUGAGGAGGAAGAAGAAGCACUGCGCAACCUUUUCACUAAACACAAGUUUGACAAAGUGAUUGCACAAGAGGUGCUAGCCAGGCUCCAUCCACAAGAACCCCCCUCUUGUCAAAAACUUACGAUGCGUCUGAUUCAGUCCGUUGCAAGUGGAACAGACGACAAAGCAAGAAGGGAACUCAAAUCCCUAGUUCAGGGGCUUCUGUCCAAGAGCUCAGUAUACCAAAAGGAUCCACAUGACCUCAACAAGGAUGAGAUCUACAGCAUGUGCAAUUCCUGUCUUCAGUCAUUGACUGCACUUUUCCUAGAAGCCACCAACUCUUCCCCUGAUGACCGAACAACUAAAGAGUCUAUGCCCUUGAUUGCAAGGAUGUCAUUGCAGGUUGACAAUCUUACUUGGUUACUGGAGAUUCUGAUAGAAAAGCAAAUGGCGGAGGAAUUUGUGGGUAUUUGGGCGGAUCAGUCCAAGUUGCUGAUGCUGUAUAAAGAGACAUCGGCAAUGGUUCGGUAUGAAGUUAGCCGAGUUUCAGCUUGUUUGUUUCUUGCCAUGGGCAGGGGUCGCCUGCAAUCUUCAGGUGCUGUCAGGUGCCGUUUUGUGGAGGUGUGGCUGGGGCCAAUGCUGGUGGACUUUGGGUGGCUGCAGAGAUGCAGCAAAGGGCUUGAUAUGAAACUCUUAGAGGAGGCAAUUGGGCAGACGGUUCUCACGCUUCCGCUGAAGAACCAGCAGAGCCUGCUCAUGUGCUGGUUUGAGUGCUUCACCAAGCAUGGUAACGAGUGCCCAAACUUGAGCAAGGCGUUCCAGAUCUGGUGGCGCAGGUCAUUCUCUAAAGCAUCAGAUAUUCAGAGUGGUGUUAUGUACGCCCCAUGUUAAAGACCCCCCAACCUCCUCUCUCUCUUCCCUCUCUGAUAUGUCCAUGUUGUAUCGUUGUGGUGAUAUGCCACUAAGAAGGUGCGGAUUAUUCGUGUGGCAUCUCUCUCUCUCUUUCAGCCUUGCUGCAAUUUCUCGUUGAAAAUGCAAUUAGCCGACUACCAUGUUGUAUUUGAACUUUCAGCUGCAAUAUGUUGUGCCACCUGUAAAGUUCUACAUUCUCAUGUUUUCCUACCA